AUGGAAAAAUUCGAGCAAGUUAAGACGAUUGCAAAUAACUUCAAAACGAGUUCAAAGAAGGCAGUUCAAGCACUGCAUACAUUAAUUUUCGAGCAAGAGGGAGAUAGAGAGAAUCGGAAACGAUUACGAGAGUUCAGAGGUUUUCUAUUCGCUAUAAAUUCAGAAGAGUAUAAAUCGAAAAUAGCGUAUGUGGAAUCUAACCUCAUUUGGGCAGAUUUAGUGUCUGUAUGCAAUAUUCUAGCGAUCGAGUACUCAGGGACAAAACGAGAAUUGAGUCAACGCUUGUGCGAUAGCCUGAUAGACCUCAAUUCACUCAACAGCUGCGACGAAUCUGAUAAAGAAGAAAAUGCAGGGGAUAGCGACAUACAAGAGCAAGAGUCAAGCGAAAGCGAUGAAGAUGCAAAACGAAGAAGCCGAAAACAAGACAGUAAAGACGUAAAAAGACGAACAAGGAAGACGAAGUAUAAAGAAGUAGCAGGAGAAGACGAAGAAGAUAAAAACGAAGACGAAGAGGAUAAAAACGAAGACGAAGAAGAUGAAGUUGCAGAAGAUCAAAAUGAAGAUGAAAAUGAUCAACGAUCAGUCGAAACAAACCCCAGAGUGACUAAUGCCAAAUUUACCAUGACGUUUCGAGACGUGGAAGAUUCCAUUAGGCACUACAACGGAGACGACAAAUAUCCGAUGGAACGCUGGAUCAUGGAUAUAGAAGAAGCGGCUGAGUUAUUUGGCCUGGCAAAAUUGUUUAUCCAAGGCGAAAGAGGCAUAACAUCUUGGGAGAAGUUAAAGAAGGCGCUUAAAGAAAAAUUCAGUCAGAAGAUGAAUAGUGCUGAACUACAUAAAUUAUUAAGUAAAAGAAAAAUAAAAAAAGAUGAGUCAGUGCAAGUGUAUUACUUAGUUAUGGAAGAGAUAGCUAGCAGAGGUAAUAUUGAGGAUGAAGCGCUGUACUGUUACAUUGUAGAUGGCAUAGAGGAUAGCACAAUCAAUAAAAAUAUUUUAUACGGAGCAAAAAACGCCAAGGAAUUUAAAGAGAAAUUAAAAGUAUAUGAAAAAAUAAAAGCAAAGUCUACAAUCCCGAGCAAAUCAACGAACAUAAGCGCAAGCAAGAAGACGAAGCCAAAGGACAAAGAAGCAACCAGAUGCUACAAUUGUGGUGAACUAGGUCACAGAGCGAGCGAGUGUGAUUCUAGAAGCAAGGGUAUGAAAUGCUUCAAUUGUAACGAAUUUGGACACAAAGCAACUGAAUGUAAAAAGGAAAAAGUGAAAGGGAAGAAAGAAGAAGAAACAACGAUAAUGAAAACAGAAUCCGUGAAUAGUCGCGAUCCACCAAAAAAUAUGUACAAGAUAGUCGAGAUGAGGAAAGAGAAAGUAAAUGCUUUAAUAGACACAGGCAGUCAGUUUACUAUUAUCAAUGAGAAAGUCUACGGAAAGACCGGAUCACCGGAAUUAACAAUAUCCACGAUACUUUUCUCAGGAUUCGGAAAGCGUGAAGUGAAGCCUAUGGGGUAUUUCGAGGACAUAAUCGCCAUUGACAACGAAUCCUUCCAAUCAGUUGUAUACGUAGUACCCGAUGACGUAAUGAGUAUGGAAGCCGUGAUCGGAAAUGAAUUAUUAUCACAAGCGGAACUGAAAGUUGGACCAGAGGGUAUAUCUAUUACAAAGAUACAUGAAGAUAUGGUGUUUCCAGUUAACUACGUUACAGAAGAGGAGAUGCAAGACACUUCGCAUAUUAUCUGCAGAGAAAAAAGAAAAGAAGUAGAGCACCUCAUCGCAGAUUAUCAACCUCGGAAAGUGAAGAAUGCUGACAUUGAGAUGACCAUAACGGUUAAUGAUGAUCGAAAAGUAACCGUAAGACCAAGACGCUUACCAUUUCACGAAAGGAAGAUAGUGGACGAACAGGUAGAGCAAUGGAUCAAGGACAAAAUCGUGGAGCCUUUUGUCAAGGACCACUCUCCACUUCCAUUGAUAGACGAUAUACUAGAUAGAUUGCAAGACGCUCGAGUAUUUAGCUCAAUUGAUCUCAAAAACGGUUUUUUCCAUGUGCCAGUAAGAGAACACGACCGUGUCGACGAAGAGGAUGCCAUUAACAAUCUCAAAUUAGUACUGAAACGAGCAGAGGAAUACGGCCUCGAAAUUAACAAGAAGAAGUGUCAGCUGUUACAAAGGCGCAUUGAGUUCCUAGGAUACAUCAUUGAAGAUGCCAAGUUAUAUCCAUCAACUGAAAAAACGAGAGCAGUCUUAAGAUUUCCAGAGCCACAAACGACGAAGGAAGUACAAAGUUUUCUUGGCAUUACGGGAUACUUCAGAAAAUUUAUCCCAAAUUACUCAAGGAUCGCCAAACCUCUGAGUGACUUACUGAAGAAGGAUGCAGCAUUUCAAUUUAAGGAAUCAGAAAGAAAUGCCUUCACGAAACUGAAGAGAUGUCUGGCAGAGGAACCGGUAUUAAAUAUAUAUAAUCAUACUUAUGAGACUGAAGUCCAUACGGAUGCCAGCCAGGACGGCUUUGGUGCAGUUUUACUCCAAAGAUCACCUUCAGAUAAUGAAUUGCAUCCGAUAUACUUUAUGAGUAAGAAAACCAGUGAUGCUGAGAGAAAAUUUUCCAGUUAUGAGCUUGAAGCUCUGGCGGUGGUAGAAACUUUAAAGAAGUUUCGAGUUUACCUCUUGGGCAAAUCUUUCAAGGUGGUCACCGAUUGUUCUGCGCUUCAACAGACGAUGCGUAAGAAGGACUUAAUACCACGAAUCGCUAGAUGGGUUCUGUAUCUGCAAGACUUUGACUUUACGAUGGAACGCAGAUCGGGAUCAAGAAUGACGCAUGUGGAUGCUUUGAGUCGGUAUCCAGUAAUGACAGUUUUUAAUCAUGACGUUACUCCAAAGAUUAAAAGGGCGCAAGAGGCUGACAAGAAUAUACAAAUUAUUAAGCAGCGCUUAGAAGAAGCUUCUUAUGAAGGAUACCACGUACUUAAUAGUGUAGUCUACAAACAAGAAAAGGGAUACAAUUUGUUGAUGAUUCCCAAGUCCCUUCAAGACGAGAUUAUAAGACGCGCUCACGAACAGGGUCAUUUCGCAGCUAAAAGAACAGAAGAGAAGCUCAAACAAGAAUACUACAUCCCUGAUUUGCGCACAAAAGUCGAGAAAUGCAUCACCAAUUGCAUAAAGUGCAUUCUUGUUAACAAGAAACCUGGGAAAAAGGAAGGCUUUCUGCAUCCGCUAACUAAAGAAGAUGUACCUCUCCAUACUUACCAUAUAGACCAUCUAGGACCGCUUGAGUCAACAAAUAAAAAUUAUAAACAUAUUCUUGCCGUAAUUGACUCUUUUACGAAGUUCGUAUGGAUGUACCCAGUCAAGUCGACUACGUCCAAAGAAGUUAUUGAAAAAUUGGAAUUACAGAAGAAUAUCUUCGGAAAUCCAACUUGCAUCAUCUCAGAGGAACAGCGUUCACAGCCAAUGAAUUUGAAGAUUAUUGUCGUCAAGAGGAUAUUAAACAUAUUAAGAUUACAGCCGAUUGCAGCAAAUGUUAAAUUCAACGUACCAACGCAGUAUAAAUACCACUCCGUGCGAAUUAUUAAUAGGAGUCAAGAUGAGAAUGCAGGACGAAAGAUGAAAGACGUACUAGAGCAGGAAAUGAUAAACGAUUUCGAAAAUUCCCGACAACAAUUAAGAAACGAAGCAAGGAAACAAAUUGAGAAGGUGCAACAAGAGAACCAGAGGCAGUACAACCUGCGUCGCAGGCCUCCCUUCAAAUAUAAGCUUGAUGAUCUAGUGGCAAUCAAGCGGACACAACUAGGACCAGGCUUAAAGCUGAAGCCCAACUAUCUGGGUCCGUACCGCAUCGUUAAAGUCAAACCAAAUGACACUUACGAUGUCAUAAAAGAAGGCCAUCAAGAAUGA